GGCUGAAGCAGAGGGAAUUUGGGGAAGUUAGUGGAAGGUACAUCUGAAAACAAAAGAAUAUAUGCAUUUUUAGCACAGAUGAGAACUGUAGAAAUUAGCUGAAUUUUCAGGAGGAAUUUCGAAAAGCGCAUUCUGCCAGGGAGUGAAUAACUGCUUCGACAUCAAGAGAACUUGUCGGGGAUGUGCUAACGUAGCUGCUUUCCUGGGAGCGAAUAUGAACCAUACCCCGUCUGGGGCACAGUUCAAUAGCUGUAGCCGAUAAGUGUGAACUCGGUUAUAAAAGGAAAACGACUUUGACUCACAGAAUGAGAUCUCGGUGAGUCUGUGGCCGCGCUGCAGCGCCAUGUGAGGGGACACGGAGGGCACGGCGGGGCAGCGGCGCGGAGCGGGUGCGGUCCCCGCAGGGGCUGUGCGGGCACCGGCCGCGUCCCGCGGCAUCGCUCCCGCUCCGCGAUUGCGGCACAGCCAAGUCCGGGCUCGGGGAGCCACCGACGGCUCCAGCGAAAGAGAACUCAGUGAACUCAGGGUCUUUUCCAAUGGAAUUGAUUCUGUGAAGUGUCUCAGUGCUCAGCGUGCGGGAGGCAGCGACGGGCGUCGGGGUGCGGAGGGCAGCGCAGAGGCGGCACAUGGAGCGAGGGAGGAGUGACAGCAGAGGGAUGGCAGUGCGGGCAGUGUGGGGCCGUGGGACGGCGCCGUGGGAUGCUCCCACCCCUGCCCAGCUCUGCGGCCCGGGGCGGGGCUGCCCAGGUGGCGGGGCCGGGCCGCUCCUCCCGCCCGGCUCGGGUUACCUGGGCGGGCCGGCCCGUCCCGUCCCGUCCCGUCACGCCGCCUUUCCCGGCUGGUCCGGCCCCUCGACGGGAAGUGGGAGCGAGGGGCCGCGCUGGGGCGGCCGAGCCAUGGCUGCACCCGCAGCAGCUCCGCUGCCCCGUCCGCUCCUCCUCGCCGUGUGCUGGGUGCUGGCCGCGGGGCCGGCGGCAGGAGCAAAAAUUCUUCCAUCUCCAUCUAACUUGAACUAUUCACUUAUCCAUAUCUGUACUUUGAACUGGACAUGGAACCCCCCAGAGAACAUCAGCAGUAGCUGCAACCUGCAGUAUUCCAGUGCCAUCAUCAUUAAUGGGGCUUCUGAUGACAGAGGGGGAUGGAGUAAGAACCUAUUCCGUGUGACAGAUAUGCACUUGAAUGAGGAAAUGCGCUUCAGAGUGAGAAGUGAAUGCAAGAAUGACAGCACCAGUGAGCCCAGUCCCUGGGUGGAGGUCUCCCUUCUGCCUAAAGGUAUUCUGGGUACUGCUGCUGUUGACUUGAGCUGUGUUUGGCACAAUUUGGAGUACAUGGCUUGUACCUGGCGUCCCGGGGAGAACACAAGCAGUGACACCGACUACGCUUUGUCCUACUGGUUUGAUGGCUUGGAAAAACCUAAGAAGUGUAGCAACUCCUCUGUAGACCAAGGAAUCUUUGAAUGCAUUUUCAAUCUUACCUUUCCAAAAGACACCCGCACUUACCCUGAUAUAAGUAUUUUGAUCAGCAGUGAUUCUGAAGAAAUUAGGCCUGUGUGUGCAAGUAAAAAUCCCACCACUCUUGUAAAACCUGCCACACCAAGAAAAUUGACAGUGUCAAAGACUGAUGAUACAAUUGAUGUAAAAUGGAGUGAAUCAGAAACUUUUCCAAAAAAUUGUUUACACUAUGAAGUUAAAUGUUACAAUGGUGAUUUGGACAUUCAGAUCAUUGAAUCUGAAACGAAUUCUGUGUCAAUUCCUGGCAUUGAUCCUAAUAGCAAGUACACCUUCAAAGUGAGAGCAAAACCAAAGGGGGUGUGUUACAACAGUAAUUUCUAUAGUGACUGGAGUGAAGAAAAGAGCAUUGGUCAGAAGAGAGACUCUACAACCUACUUUGUUCUAAUAAUUACCAUUCCAUUAAUAGUAGCAGUAUCUACAGUAAUCCUACUAGUUUAUCUAAAAAGGCUGAAGAUAUUAAUUCUUCCACCAAUUCCAGACCCUAGAGAAAUUCUUAAGCGCAUGUUUGGAGAGCAGAACGAAGAUUCCCAGAGCUCUGCAAAGGAUGAUCCCAUGAAUGCUUUUGACCGGUUAAUUAUAGAAGAAGAAAUUAAUUCUUUAAUUUUAACGGAAACUUCAGAGAGCACUUACUCUGAAAAAGAAAACAGGUAGACUCUACUUUAUCAGUGAAAGAGGAGGAAGCUGAUUCCUGCUCCCCUACCUCAGGUGACUGUAGAUGUGAAGAGGCCUGUGAGAUGUUGGCCAGCUCUGACCACACUGGCUUUCUCUGGUGCACAGAAGAUGCAUCACUACAUGGCUGUUCUUCCAUCUCUGCCAGAAAUACUCAUCUGAGUUCAGUCAAGAUGAGCAUGUCUGUUCCAUGUGACUGCACAUGUAAUUCCAUGUGACUGCAUUGUGGAUUCCCUGGCUUCAGCCAGCUCUGCCCUGUUACUUGUCACUUGCACUUGUGUUUGUGCCUCACCACACUGUUGGGGGUUUGGUGUUUUUUUUAUUUUUGAGCAAGCACUGUGACUUUUCUGAAGUAUUUGGCUCUAUUUGCAGUAGGUGGGAUGAGGCUGGUUUGCAGUAGAUGGGUCAUUAGUGCUACCACUGCUGCCAGGUGGGAUGGCAGAGCAUGGACUGUUUGUGGAUAACCCUUUGUGUGUGUGCCUGGGCUGGGCACUCUCUGGAGGGCACUUACAGGCUGGGUUUCUUGUGCUUCUGCCCAUCAGCUGGGGCUUGGUCAAAUCUCACCAAACAGGGUAUUUUUUAAUUUGAAAAUGUGUAUGAAAAGCCUCUCUGCUUUCCAGCUGAUGUUCAGAAUACUCAUGGAAAAGGCUUAGUAUUGUUACCCUGUCAGUUGCCUGGCCUCAGAUGCCUCACCUUCAUGGACUUCUUGGGUUAAUUAUACUUUGUUUAAAAUGAGAAAUAGAAUAUUUUUUUAUUUGUUCUGUGCAGUAGCAGAUAACUGUAUUGAGUCUCACCAGACUGUGAUUCUACUUUGGCCAUAUUGGCCUGAAGGCACCUGAUUUUUAGCUGCUAAAUUGUCCUGAGUCUGUCCAGCAAAUGUACCCGGAUGGAUGCAUGAGUGUAAGGAGCUGUGGUCAAACUGAUUAGCAAGUAUUAAACCACUGAAACCCAACUAAUUCAAAGGCUUCAAGACCCAUCCUUACUGCCAAACUGAUGGAUUUGGGGAAGAGAGGAUGACAACCUGUUUUCUAAGGGAUAAAUUUUAUUCUUUCUAUUGUGAUGAGACUGAUUUGAGCUUCCCCUCUAGGACUUAGCAAUAUAAAACAAGGUGCUGAUUUGACUUUUUAAAAAAAGCUUUCUUCUAUGUUUUACUGCAACAGUUUGACAGGUGUUUUUGUUGUUGUUUUGUUCGUUCUUUGAUUGUUUUGUUUUGAGGGUUCUCUACCCAGCAAAGCUCAGCAGGUGUUUUCUGGCACAAAUGUGACAUUUUUCUGCUCUGCAUUCUCAGCAUUAGUUUCUGCCCUGUGCUGCAGGGGUGGUUACAGUGGUACCUUGAUUGUGCUGGAGGAAGAAGAUAAUGGAAUGGAGACAAAAAGAUCCAUGGAAGCCGUUUAUGGUCAGUGCUCAGGGAUUUCUUGCUCCUUCCAGAAAACUGUAGAUGUGUGAGUCAUGGACAUAGACAGUCUUAGCAGGCUGGGAAGAGAUCUCCUGAUAAGCCUUAUGGGAGCAAACUUUACAGCUACUAACCUUUUAAAGUUCAUCCCUGUCUUCAAGCUCCAUUCAGCCAAAAAAGUGAAACUAAAUGCUAUAUUUUUAGAACAUAUUGUUCUGCAAGGAGAAGGAGUGCCACAUGCUAGUUAACCACAAAUGUGCAUCUUUUAUGCAGUUAUUCCCUCCUUUUCAAUAAAUCAAAACUCUUUCCCCAUUGUCCACUGAGCCUUUCAAAUACAGUUUUUUCCAUGUUUUGUCUUCCUUUUGUUAGUGAUAGAAAGGAGAGUAGAAAUGUAGCAGAACCAGCAGACCCCCUAUUAGCAUAUGCCUUUUACCUCCAAUCAGGCUAAAAAAACCCCAACAUUAUAAAAAAUAAUAAAUGAGACACAAUAAAAAUAAAGCCUCAGGGAUUUCAGUGAGAUAAAACUCAGGUUAUACAAAGUCAGCUAGUAGCACUUUCUGAAAUUCCAGAGAUUAAGGAAUAGCAUGAGGGAAAGAGUAAUUACAUUCCUUGCUAAAUUCAUUCCCUCUGCAACAUUUAUGUUAUUAUAAUGAUAAAUAUUCCUUCAGUCUACCUCAUCUGGAAUGUUGCUCAACACAGACAACUAGGCAAACGGAAAUGUAUAAUUUGAAGAUAAGUAAGCAUAACAGUGUAAUAUAAAGUUUUGUGGCUUUCAGUGUAGCAAUCUAGGAAAAAAACUACUUGCCCCUAAAUUCUUUUGACUUUUAUGCUGGUGUGUAUGACAAAACCAAAAUAUAUUUGCUUUUUAAAUAAACAAACCAACAAAAAAACCCAAAUUCAUAAAGGCGUAGGAGUGGGGGGAAAAAAAAAAAGGAUUAAAGGUAUUAGGAGAAAAGGAAGAUUUAAAUGCAAAGGAUGGUUUAGGUCACUAUAUAGAAAGGUUUUGAAUAACACUAGUUGACACUUCCUCACAGAUUCAUUUCUUGAGCCUGUGUUUCAGCAUGUAAAGCAAGUGUCUGAAUAUACUUUCACCUUUAACAUGCUUUUUUAAAGGUAAAAGGUUUUUUAGCUUGAAAUUAUCUAAAUUUUGCUAUCUUUUUUUUUUUUUUUUAAUUGCAGUUACUUGAUCUGUAAAUUUGUUCAAAGAGUGAAUAAAUAUGAUUGAAUGCUUUUCAGUGUAA